AUGGCUCAUGGGUUAUCUGAUUCUGACAUGAAGAAAGAACAUUUUGAUGCACAACAUGAUUUAGAUGAUAAAUUAGAUAAAUUAGCUCAAUGGAUUAAAGAAAGUAAACACUUUAUUGUAUUUACUGCUGGAGUAUCCACAUCGACUGGAAUUCCUGAUUUUCGUAGUGGAAUGGAUACUGUCUUACCAACUGGACCAGGUGCUUGGGAAUUACGAGAUCAUAAUGCAUCAAGAUCAAAAAAAGCCGUUGUUCUCAAUGAUAUGCAUAAAGCUAUUCCAUCGCCUUCACAUAUGGCUUUAGUUGAAUUACAACGUCGUGGAAUAUUAAAAUGUUUAGUAUCACAAAAUUGUGACGGUUUACAUUUACGUAGUGGAAUGGAUCCAACUUGUUUAGCUGAAUUACAUGGUAAUAUGAAUUUAGAAACAUGUUCAAAAUGUGGUGCUAAAUAUUUACGUGAUUAUGAUGCAGCCAUUGGUCUUCUAAAUCAUUAUACAGGUCGUAAAUGUGAUAAACCAGAAUGUGGUGGUCACUUGAAGGAUUCAAUUAUUAAUUUUGGUGAAAAUUUACCUUCAGAUGAAUUAGACAAAGCAUUUAAACAUGCACAAGGUGCUGAUCUUUGUCUUGUACUUGGUUCUAGUUUGACAGUAACACCAGCAGCUGAUAUACCACGAAUAGUUGCUAAACGCAAUAAAAAAUUAGUUAUUGGUAAUCUUCAAAAAACACCAUUAUCUUCAAUGGCUACACUUAAUAUACAUGCAUUUAGUGAUACAAUUAUGCAAGGUCUUAUGGAAAGACUUAGUAUACCAAUUCCACCAUGGAUUGUUCGUCGACGUGUACGUGUUACACGAGAAAAUACGUCUGACGAUAGAAAUUAUGAAAUUCUAGUCGAAGGACGUGAUCCGGAUAAAGCAAAUAUACCAUUUAGUCUUUUUAAAUCUAUACAAAUAAAUAAUGGUGAAAAGACAAUAGAUCAAAUGAAUAAGGAACCAUUUAUAUUUGAAAUAUCAAAAACGAAUUCUGAUCCAAUUAAUAUUGAACUUCACUUUUUUGGUCAUUAUAACGAAAUUCCAUUUGAUCUUAAGUAUACUAAUGUUAGCAAUAUUCCUCAAGAAGAAGAAUUCUAUUUAUUUUAUAAUCCAAUGAUAGGACAAUGGCGUAAAACAACAAAAAAAGAUGAUUUUCCUCUUUAA